UUAUCAUAAAUGAUUUGUGUCCCUCUUCCCACGCUUUCCAGUGCUUUGAUUUGCACAAGAUCCUUUUCAGUUCAAUACAUGUUUUUUUUUUAACUAAAUACAUUCUUGAUUUGAUAAAUAUCGCUGUCUCGGAUGACUAAUACUCUACGCUGGCAGAAUCUAAAGGUCCUGUUAGCGAGUACGAAGAGAGAGUUUGAAAAUCUGCAGUCUCAGCUACAAAGUGAUCUGAAGCAACUUGGAGACCAAGUACUGGAUAUGGCUAAUGCUGCUCUGGGAUAUCACAAGGUUAUGAAAGAAAACAGAACUUUGCAUAACAUGGUUCAGGAUCUAAAAGGGAAUAUUAGAGUUUACUGCAGAAUAAGGCCUGCCUUCGAUGCAGAAGCGAAAACUGUCGUAGAUUUCAUUGGAGAAGAUGGUUCUUUGGUUGUAAUUGAUCCACUAAAACCCUGGAAAGAUGGGAGAAAAAUUUUCGAGUUUAACCGUGUUUUCGGUUCAAGUGCCACUCAGGUCUGGCCCGGGAGGUGACUCAACAAAGGAAUUUGGAAUCAAUCAAUUGGCUCUGAAUGAUCUAUUCCUAUUAUCUGAUGAAAGGAAGGACAUCAUGAGUUAUAAGAUCCACGUUCAAAUGGUCGAGAUAUAUAAUGA